UCGAACUGGUCGGUUGAAUUAGAAGAAUUGUGUUUCAAAGCGUUAUAUGUCAACUAAUAGAUAAAAUGGAACAAAAACAAUUUGCAAAUUAAUGCUUGUGCAUAGUGGCGCUGAUGAGGAAGUGAAAUUCCUGUGCGUGAGUGCGAAAAAUCGAAGAAGAAUGUAUUUUCUGAAGAAAAAAUAAAAUAAUUAGAUUUCUUUGAAGUGUGUUUUCAAUAAUUUCUUCUAUUCUGUAUCGCUUCUGGUGUGUGCAUAUCAAAAGAAAGAAGCUGGAUAUAAAUUGCAGCGAAACUUGAAAAGAGAUCCAUAAAGUAAUGUAUACAUAACUUUGAUGAAAAAGGACUGUAAAUGUAAAAUAUUUAUAUGACAUACAUAUGUGUUAAAAAAUUAAAACAUAUUAAGUGUAUUAAGAAUAAAUAAAGUAUUAUGCUGUCUCUAAAACCGAAGAAAAGUCUGCAACAUUUGCGGCAUAAGUCUAUAUGGAUACUAUUUUUGCUGAUUUUCUCUAUUAUUGUUUUGGAUAAAACCGCAAUAGCGACGACCGAGAAUGAACAAACUACAACCCCGGAACCAGAUGCUUCACCUGGCUGCAAGGCACCUGAUAUACGCUUCACCGUUAUACGACCGGAAACGACUACGGAGCAACCAUAUGCAAAAUUCGAAACAACUCAGAUUUAUCUGCCCGAGGACUUUACCACAUCCGAUGCAGAAUUUGUUGAAAAGAUUAAUAUCGAUCUGACCGCCCGUCAGCCUGGCGUCAACGACAAUAAGAUGAGCGCUAUCGUUAAUCCCUACCAAGUCGAUCUGGAUGACCAGCACGGCAUGGCAGAGAUAAACGGUGCAGAUGAUACACUCGCCGCCAUCGACGACGAGGAGGACGAGGCGGCCGACUCUGAAGAUGGCACACCCAAGCGCAAUCAGAAUCGUAAGCUUAACAAGAAACGUCGUUCCGGCACAGGACGUCGUCGUCGCAUUGAAAAUGAAAAUGGACAAACACGUGGCCGUGGCAGCCGAUAUAAGCGUCAGGUGAUCCAUCACGACCCGGAUGCUUCUUCGGAUACAGACAAGUGGGGUGGUAGUAAAUUGGCCGCUGAGGGUGAUGUUUAUUAUGUACACAUCGAUGACAUACUCGAGUCGGGUACACCCAACGCCGAGCUUCGAUUAAAACUGCACAAAUUGAAGCAUAAAAACAAAGCAAAAAAUUCAACAUGUUCCGAUGUCGCAAGCAAAGAAGAAUGCAAGGAAACCACAACAAAGAAGAAGAAGAAAAAGGCAAGCACCACUGACUUACACAAAGAGAUGGUGAUUGACAAACAGAUGGGAAAUAAGGAACCAAAAACAAAACAACAUCACCGUAGACGCGGGGACAGUCACGAGGAGAAACGAGAUGAACAGCGAACGGAGAAAACAGAAAAAUUUACUUAUAAUUCCCGUUACCGACGAGCUACUGGUGAAUUUAAGCAAAUCAUGAAUACAACUGCGAAUAUCUCGGAUAGUAACAAUUAUCUGGAAGCGGAAGUAGAUGCGGCGGGAGGAAGCGACUUGUAUACGACAACAAAUAGGCGCGGUAGUAACAAAAAUAUUACGAUUAAGUUUACCAACAUGACAAACGAGCAGCUGCUGGGCGAUAGCGAUGUGCCGGCGGUGUAUGGCAAAGAGACGGGCGCGGAGGCGCUGCAGCGCGUCAAACGCAAGUCCGGCAAGACAACCGGCGCAUUGAGUCGUCCCAAGGGCGGCGGUGAUUCCAGCUCGAAGACGACAAGUCGCAAAGAUAAAGGUAUUUAUGAUGAAGAAGGUGGCUACUCACCUGUACAUCCUGACGAAACGGACGAAGAAGAGGAGGAGGAUGAAGAGGAAGAGAUUGAUAUACAACAACAGUUCACUGAAGUAUCUGAAAUACGUUUCCCUGGAGAAAUUGGACCAUUGGGUGAUAGGAGAUUAUGCAAAAUACGUUGUGUCAAGGGAAAAUGGGUUGGACCAUUGUGCGCCACCAACGAGGAGGAUGAUAACGGAAAUGUGAAAUUUCAGCCCCUUUACAAAAGUUGUCAUGUAAAUCGAAUUCCGCCGCAUUUGCUAUUGAGCUAUCGAAAUAUAUCAGUGACCCCGAUACCGUCCAUUAGAGGGUCGCGUCGCAAUCGAACUUCCAAAUCGACUUUCAUUUCCAAUACACAAAUUAAUGUCGGCUGGGAUUUGCCACAUGGACACUCUUUACAGGCGCGUUGCAAGGAUCUUGGCAUGUACAAGCUUCUUGGCGAAUCUCGAGUGCUUUGCUCGAACGGUCUAUGGGCACCGCGUAUGCCGUCUUGUGUGCCUACAACGUUACUCACCAAUUUCUCCGAUGACAGCGCACCCUCUAUUCGUAUAAAGAUUUUUAACGGUUCCGGUGCAUUUGAGCCAUCAGGCGUAUUAGCCGUUUUGCCGCAAAGCUCCAUAUUAAUGGAUUGUAUGUAUCCACGAGUGCGAGGCAUACCUGAGUGGACUUGGACGAGCUGGUAUAAGCAGUAUCCAACAGGUUGGUCACAUGAAGAUAAGAAUCUGCGAUAUCGUUUGACAAUUAAGGACAUAGAAAAUGGUGGCUCUGGUACAUUUACGUGCACUUCGCCACGCGGUUUAACCAAUAGUAUUGCAAUCGUUGUGGCCACCUCGACAUGUCCGCAGCUGCCAGAACCGGUGUCGCCGCUCACGCUACGCUUGGAGGGUAAUAAGCUCGGGCAACGCGCCAUGUAUCGAUGCCCUCCGGGCUAUCGUAUCGAUGGUGUUGCGAAUGCAACAUGCUUAGCCUCGGGUAAUUGGUCAUCGCCGCCGCCCACUUGUCAGGCUGUGCAGUGUCCCCGUUUGGCGUUGGACGAUCCACAUUUGAGUUUGAUCGAGCUUAAUACGUCGGCGUGGGGGCGGGCGAUGUUCAAAUGCCAAUGGGGAUUCAAGCUGACCGGCCCGCCGAGACUGGACUGUGAGCCGACGGGCGUGUGGAGUGGCCCAGUACCGCGUUGCAAAGCCAUCCAAUGUUCGACGCCGGUGGCGCCGCUAAAUGGACGCAUCGGUGGUACCAAUUUAAAUCAACGCCGGCUCACUGUAGGCGCACUGGUCACAUUCAGCUGCAACGAGGGGCACACGCUGGUCGGCGAGCCAAGCAUUAUUUGCACAGAAACUGGACUCUGGUCACAUCCGCCACCAUUUUGCAAAUCGCAAUGUCCCUACCCCGGCGAUCCGCCAAAUGGUUUAAUAGCACCGCUGAAAUUCAAUUACGAUUCCGGCGAUUACCUGAGUGUCCAGUGUCGGCCUGGCUUUGUACAGUAUAGCGAAAAUGGUCCGCCAGAGCGUCCGAAAUGUCAGCCGGAUGGAAAUUGGUCCGGCCCUGUGCCCAAGUGUCGCAGCUAUGAGGAAGUGUAGCUAAUCAAAAUGGCGGACAUGAUGAUGCCGGAAUCAUCGGAUGAGUCCACACAGUUGCAAUAUCAACAACAAAAUCGAAAAAUACGUUAUUAACAACAUUCGUACCAUUAUGUUAAGGCAUAUAUACAUAUACAAUAAUAAAUAAAACUGAAUAAGAGCCGAAAAAAGAAAACAAAAGCGACGUCCCAAACAACAGCACAUACACGCACACACAUCGUAUUAUGUAAUAGUGUAUGCUAUGAAUAACGGUUAGAUCAAUUACGAUGUAUUUACGCAUAUAAACUGUAUAUACAUACGUAUAUUUGCCGAUUUAUCAAUAUAUAUAUAUACAUAGAUAUAUAUAUGUGUUAAGAUUCCUGUAGGAAAUUAGGCUACCCUGAAAUAAUGAAAAAAGGAACUCUUAUAUAAAUGAAAUGAAACAAUUGCAUAAAUGAUAUGUAAAUCAAAGUUGUUAUUCUCUUGCAUAUAUUCAAAAUACGGAUUUUUUCAAAUUAAUCUAAAUGUAAAGUAUUUUCGACUUUUCACAUAAAUAAAUAAAUAAUCUAGUUUUUGCACUCACGCACACACAGCUGCAGCAGUAGGGAGACACUAUGACCCUUAUCAUUAGCUGUAUGAAGUGUUUUACUUUGUGCUACUUAUUUCCGGCAGCUGACACAGUUCAUUUACAAUUUAAGUAAAUAAAAAUUGAAGGAAAAUAAUAGUUUUGACUGAAAUUAAAAAUAACUUGCUACGAACUUAUACAAAUAAAAUACUCUUAAAAGGGUAAAUUAGUUAAAAUAUCCUUCUUGAGAAUCAGUACGACAGAGUUCUGAUUCGUUAAUUCACUGGAAGAUGAGUUUCUAGGGAACAGACCAACAUCAUGAAACGACUAAAGCAAAUUUCUACUGAUUUCUCUCUUUCAAUUCAUUCACACAAAUUUCUUUUAAAAACAUCAAUGAAGUCACCCUUUCAAUUUAUUGCCCUCCGGGUAUAAUUAUUGAAAAUUAUGGAAAACUUGUGUUAAGUAGCUGCUUAUAAAAAACCAGACGAUAAGUACUCCAUCCUCAUAUGUUACACCAUCGAUCGCUCCUACCUGUCCGACCGAAAAGAGGUUAUGAAGAUUUCGACAGAGUUGCAUAGCCCAUAAUACCUCUUUGGAAAUCCGCUGCUUCUAAAAAAACCGUCUUUGAGAUGCAAGUUUUUAGAUUAUAUCAAUGUAAAACAGAUUUUGGUAUAGAUGAGCGUCGGCUCUAUGCGAGAAUCUCGAAAUUGACAUUAGACUUUACUGUAUUUGCAAUUUGUUGAUUGUAUUGGAAACAUAGAGUGAUGACCCACAAUAGUAUUUGUUCCAAAAAGUAAAGACAUUAUUAAUUUAUUUCAAAUUAAAAAGCAAAAAACUAUCUGCGGUCGCCAGAAAAUAUUUUCCUUUUGUUAUAAGUUCGUGAGCGAAAGGCUUAUUUGUUUGUUUAUGUAAAAUAUUUAUAUUAUACAACAAAUAGGAAUGAUAGAAGUGAGAGCUGUUUCAGAGACCACCAAAUCUCCUCCUCAGACUACUUUUGGCAUGGAUCAAACGAACGGAUUCUGACUUAGCAUGCGAAAGCUCUACCCUUGACGCAACAUCAGCCUUGUAAUCUGUUGUUGUAUUAACUGAUUCGUCAUUAACCAGCAAUUAUAAAAUAUUUGUUUUAAACGUACAAUCACACGCAAUCACAUACAUAGAUUAUUUAUUUUAUUUUCAAAAGUCUUACGAAUUUAUUGAAUAUUGGGCAAUCUUUUCCUACAGGAUAUAAAUAUUAUGUCAAGGAGAAAGAAAUUUACUGUAAACAAAGCGUAUUAAUCAUAAAGUAUGCUAGACCUGCGUGACGCUCUGUUUUUGUGCAUAAAUUUUCAAAGAUAAUAAAAUAAUAAAUAAACUAAAUUAUUAAAUACGAGUUUUUAUUUCCAUUAAUCAUUUUCUUAUCAUUUUGCAUUUGCCCUAAUUCAGCUCGAGCUCUUUCAAAUUGUUUAAUUAAAAUGAUUAAUCAGAAACGCGAACAACAAAAGUAAUUACAUUUAUUUAACUUAGUGUUUUCUAUUUAAAACAUUUUUGUUUUAUUCUGAAAAUAACGGUACUUAUGACUACACGUCAGCAUUUAGCACACUCUAUUAUUAAUAUAAAUAUUUUACUCUGUAAAUAGCUAAAAAUAUUAAAUGAUUUAAAUACAUACAUACGUAUAUGUAUAUAACGAACGUUAGUUGCGUGUAAAGUGUAAAAUAAUUACAUUGAUAACAAUACAUAUUAUCAUCCGUUCGUAUUUGAAGUGAAAUCAAAGUUUUCUCUCUGCAUCCAACGGCAGAAUAAUUAUAUCAUAAUUUUAGAAAUGUUAAUGCCAGCUGAGAAGCGAUUUAGUACUCCAAUAUAAAAUGAUGAAAUUUACUACAAAAAGCGUUGUUAAUAUUUGAAAAAUAAUAAAAAUAAUUACAUUAAAUGGAUAUCUGAAUAAAAACACACAUACAUACAUAUAGAUAAUAUAUAUUUACAAAUAUUUGCGAAAUCGCAUAUGAGAACAAACUAAAAUAUCUCAAAAAAUCUGAGAGUUCCGGACCACGCGGUUGCAAUCACGUUGCUACUCUUCUUUAGACAUACGUAUUCCAAUUGAUAUCAAUAUACGUGUGUGUAUGUAUAGCUGCCACUUAAAUUUAAAUUUAUUUCAAUUUUAAACCUCCGAAUAUUGCUGCAAAAUUAAAUCAGACUAAAGAUUAGUUUAAAAAAUGUAUUUAAUUAAUUUCUAGAUGUACUAAUUGCUCCAAAUCCUGUUGUAAAUAUUUAUCUUCCAAAUGAAUUUAAGGUAAUAAGUUAUUUACUUAAAUUUGGUAUCAAUUUAAAUGUAUCCAGGGUUUUUAUACUUUUGCACACACACACACACACACACACACACACAUGUUUCGAAAAUUGCAAAAUCAUGUAAAAAUCGUUUUCUCUUAAUUAUUUACAUUCUAAUAACAAUUACGAAGCAAUAACGCUUUAUUUAUUAAUUGUAACUGUUAAUACUCUAAAUCUUCUAUGUACUUAAAUACGUACUAUACGUGUAUGUAUUGCAUUACAUAACUUCCAAUAAUUGCUUUCAAGUGUUGCAAGUAUGAUAGCAUAGACUUAUAUAUUAUUAUAUAUGUAUGUACUUACUCGUAUAUAUAUAUGUAUUUUAGCUAUCACAAUCUAUAUCAGCAAACUUAAUAAACUAAGUAUUCCCGUUAAUAAUUCUACAAAGGAAACACAUAUUAAUAUAAUAUAUAAUGUAUAUUUACCUAUAUAUGCGCAUACAUAUAUAUAUAUUAAUAUAUAUAUAUAUGUAUGUAUACACGUAAGAGUUAAAAGAAAUCUAAAAAAGAUGUAUUGUAUAUUAAAUUUAAGGCAGUGUAGAUAUGUAAGUGAAAAUUAGUGAAAUGUAAGCGAAAACGGAGAGGUAUUUAAAAGUUUGUGAUCAUUUAAAGGAAAACCAAACAUAUGUAUGAUAUUAUAUAUUUGAAAAUGUAUUGUAAUAAAAUAUUAUGAUUAUAACAGAAAGACAAAGUGAAUUAUAAGAAACGCAUACAUAUUGAAAAUAAAGUGCAUAUCGAAGGACAGUGAAA